ACAUACGCGCGCACACUCUCACGAGCGCAUUCAGAUUAAAUUUGUGAGCGAACGCAGUGAGGAACAGUUGAUGACGGAGCUGCAUGCUGGAUGUUUCUGACAAACACCGGUAACAACUAACCGACUGGUGAGCUGAAGAAUCUGAGCUGCAGCAAAAUCAACUGUAAAGAUGUAUUGAUCAGGCUACAGAGCCCUGAAGACAAACAUUUACAGACAUGAGCCUUUAUUCUCCCUGAGGAACUGACCAAUCAGCAGCCAGGAUGAUGCCCAAGCAGCUGGCUCAAACGUCUCCAGGGAGCGUGUUGUCGUUGAGAGGGCCCAGCGUCCCAGGAUCCCCUGCAGCCGCCAUCGUGGCCAGAGUGGAGGACGGGGUUAUCGGCUAUAAGGAUUUGGCAGCGUUACCAAGAGACAAAGCCAUCCUUGAUAUAGAGAGACCAGAUCUGAUGAUCUACCACCAGCACUACAGCUACAGCCCACUGGAGAGGUCCUUGUCUCCUCGCUCCAUCUCUCCUCCUCUCUCCCCGGAGAAGGAGUGCAGGGAGUGGCUGGGGAGCCGCUCUCCUGGAGGUUCCUCCCCUUGUUCCACCAUCCAGACUAGCAGGACACACAGCACACACACACCACCAACACCAAACACACCAAACACACCACACACACCAAACACACCAAACACUCACUCCUCUGGUACCAAGAGCACCAUGCAGCACUUCCACAGGCCUGAAAAUGGCUCCAACAUCUAUAAGAAGCCUCCUAUCUACAAACAAGAUGCGCAUGUGUCCUCUCAGCUUCCUCAGGGGAAACACAUUGAGGAUCUGAUCAUCGAGUCUUCAAAGUUUCCAGCAGCUCAUCCUCCGGACCCCAACCUGCCCUCCAAGAUAGAGACUGAAUACUGGCCCUGCCCCCCCUCCGUCGCUGUGAUUGAGAAGGAGUGGAGGAAGAAGGAUCAGAGAGAUGAAGAUGUGGAGGAGGAUGGAGAGCUGGAUGAUGAGCUGUGGGGACUGAGAGCACUUCAGAAGCAAGAACUCAACAAGAUUCAGUCGAAUCUGGGGAAAAUCAUCCUUAAGGAGGAGUUGGAUAAAUCUGCAGCUCCUCUGAGGAGGAAAACUCGCUCACUACCGGAUCCACAUCAGCACACUGGGACCAACGCCUCCAAGUCUGUGUAUUUCCCAGCAUCUUCUAAGAGUGGCCUGUCCAGGGUGAGUGCUGCUGAACAGGAACGUCCAAUAACAGCAGAGUUCACAGAAGAUGGUGACGAACAUGUUUCUGUUUGUUUUCAGCUGCAGUCAGCAGAGUUCAGCACGUCUGAGAAAACUCCAGCAGAUAUUCAGAACGGAGACUCCAGGAUGGAUAGAGGAAACUCUCUCCCCAGCAUGUUGGAACAUAAGAUAUGCCCUUAUGAGAUGCUGGUGGUGACCCAUAGAGGGCGACGCAAACUGCCCCCUGGUGUGGACAGAACCAGGCUGGAGAGACACCUCUCGCAAGAGGAGUUCUUCAGUGUUUUUGGGAUGCCCAUUGAGGAGUUUGACCGCCUCUCUCUCUGGAAGAGAAACAACCUGAAGAGGAAAGUCUGUCUCUUCUGACACUGCUGAGACCACAUCUCUCACAAUCCCCCUUGCUCUUCCUGGAUCACUGCAGGAUCCUGAAACCACACAGACUCAAUAUUAUCAGCACCACCACCAUCAUCAUCACAGUCUGGCGCUCAGUGAGACGUCAGGUUUGAGUCACAGUGAAGGUUUGAAUGAAAGCAGAGGGGUUUUAGAUUCCUGCUGCACGCCUACAGAGCUUCUGUUUAAUAAGCUUCAGUUUCUAAACUACAGAGCGAGCACAAAGAAUCAACCUGCCAGAGCAAGUUAAGGUAAAAAAAACUCCACCAGAGACCAAAGCAAACUCCAGUGGGUUUAAACUGGGGGUGAGGAGCCCGGUCACACCAGCAUUUUUAACAUCAGAUAUUUGAAAAAAAAUAAUUUUAUUUCGGAUAAAUCGCUGCAAUCAAUUGAUUCCAAAGGCAAAUUAAAUGUGUGAUUGUUUGCAUAAAGUUCCGGGUUGAGCAACUUUGACUUUGUUUUAAUCUCUUUCAGCCCCGUAUUACUGAAGAGUCCAUCAUAUUAGCUGCGUCACCAUUUAUAUUUAGAGUUUUUUUUAUAUAAACUCUGUUCUGCUGGAAUUUAAACUUCUCCCUAAAGAAGAUGCACUCACACAGGAGGUUGAUUAACAUUUUCUCUAGUUAGCAACUGAGCUACGUAGCUGACUUGCUACUGAUAGGUUUCCGAGCUAUUUUGGCUGGUUAAUGUUACCAGUUAGCUCACCAGCCAGCCGAUUUGUUCUCAUUUACUGGUGUGACUCAGCACAAUGUCGGGCUUUCUUCCAGUUGGACAUUUGUCCUGUUAGAAUCUGCUGGUAAUAAAUCCUCUGGUUUUUACUCUGGUCAGCAGAUAAUCUGCUCUUCCUAUGUGAAGCUGAGUUGUUCGGUUGUAGUGAUGGAAUUUUGGGAAAGUUGAUCCCCAACAGCUGGCUCUACUGUUGAUAUCACUGGAGUCUUUCUGGGUCAAAGAAGGUUCAUAUGUUUAUCCCUCUAAUUUAAGUCUUAAAAGUUGUCCAUAGUCUAGAUUAAACAAUACAGAUCAUACCAUCUGUAGACUGACAUGAGGCUACAGACUGAAGCUGCAGGCUGAUGUGCUUCUGCUGUUUGUUCGGACAGAGAUCUUUAUUUCCAUCCGAAUGCACUAAAUAUUUUAUUAUGAAGCUUCCAGCCAUAGUCGGGCUUUUAAACAAACAUUCCUGCUGACUCUGAAUCAGAUUUUGAACACAGAUUUGAUGAUGUGGUUUAGCCAGCUAUGAUGUCACAAUGGCAGCAUUUCGUUCCCAGCACCUACAAAGAAAAACAAGGAGACAGUUUGGUCACAGUAGUCUGAUGUUGUUUUCCCUCUGCUUUGCUUUCUAACUUCAUAAAUUUAGGAAGGAAAACCUUUAAAAUACCUUAUGAGACGUCUAAACAUAACUUUGAGAGGAAGUUUAUUUUAGUAUUCAGUUAUCAAAGCUCCGCCACCUUCAAUCUUUCUCAAGUGUCUCAAAACACUCAAAUACAUUUUAAAUCCAGCUUUAUAUCAGGGUGAAGCAGAUCAAACCUUCAGACUGUUUAUCACCAGAUCCAUCUCAGCUCCUAUUGGCUACGAUGAAACUGUCUCUUUCGCGUUUUUUCUUCGUAAUAAAGCAAAAGCCACUGCCCUGUUUUAUCUCAGUAUAUGCACACAAAGAGAAAUACAAAAACAAAUUAAAACCAGAGAUUUAGAGCAGCGUAUCUCUGUCUCUAUACAGCUCUGGUUUGUCCAAUAAGCAGGUUGUAGACAUUUAGUGUUGCUUAGUGACCAAACCAUGUGCAGCUAUUUUUUAAUAUUACAUAGAGAAGUGGCAUGUUUGUUAUUAAAAUGACAGGUAAAAUCAAAUGAAAAAGUGACUUAUAUCCAUACAUGAAUGUUGAGAAAAGAAGGGAAGACUAGAGGUGUGAGUACAGAAAAGAGACAAAAGCGACAAGUUUUACUGGACUUUUCUGAGGUUUCUAAACCAGAGGACAGAGGCAUGAUGAAAAAUACCUGGAGAACAUUUUUCACCUCAGCACAGGAGUUCAAGCAAACUAGAAGUGAACUGAACAUGUUCGUCAUUGCCACACAGACACCUCAGUACAUCUUUUGUUCACAUAUAUCUAGAAAGUAAUAUCCAUCAGCAUCAUAUCUGAUCUCCAGAAACAUGGAUUAGUUAACUUCUUUAACACAUUUAAUUUAUUAAAAGUAACAAAGGCAUUGUUUUUUUUACUGAACCUUGAUCUGAACGGAAAAUGUAAAGGUGCAGCGUGUUUGAUUUGAUCUUUUAGUAAAUCUAAUUAAAACAGCUAGUAGCUUGGUACAAUGGCUGUAAAGAAAUGGAACGAUUGUUGAGCUCCAUGCACCCACCAAGAAGAGGAUGUAAACAUUUCAAAAUCAUUUUUUCAGUAGUUUUUUUAUUCCUCCUGUCAUGAUAAGCCUUCGACAUUAGUUAGAUCAUAUUUGUGUGCAUACAAAACAGAAAAAUAAGUAAAGUAAUAAAUAUUAAAUAACAAAAAAACCUUAUUGUCUCUGUAAAUUUGGUUCAGUAUCACUCAGAGUAUUUCUGACUUUCUGAUAUUAAACUCAAAGUAUAAAGGGCCGUUCAGAAAAGUAUUGCUAAUAAAAAAAAUACCAUUUGCAGUCACGGUUUUUAUAUAACAAUUCAUUUAUUAUCAUGUGCACAAAAACCACAGAAAAGUCUGAUAUCAGGCUCCCUCCAACAAUGCUCAUUAAAUAUGAAUGAAAAGUUAAGUAAAACAUAAGUAAAAGUAUAUCAAGGUGAAUGUGACAGUGCUUUCAGGUGUAUCUGUCAUAUUUAAGUUUGUCUAAUCCAUGAAACAAAUUAUAAAAUGUAAAUAAUAUGUGUUGACAUAUAAAGUAUUAAGAGCAUAAUAUAAUAACAAAAGAAAACAAUAUAAUACAAGCUGGAACAUUAUUCCAAAUGUUAUCCAAACAUUUCAGAGUCUGUCAGUCUGUUCUCAGGUGUUUACAGUCGUUGUGUUAUUGUUUUUCUACUAAUGUGAUCUAUUGAAGGUAAAAUGAAACUCACAGCACCUUUUAAAUCAGAUUUCAACAGUCUACUGUGUGGGGUUUAAGGACAGCUCUUGAGAGUUGGUCAGGAUGAAUUUAUUCUCACUGCAAAUGCCAAAAUCACCGCCACCACAUCCUGCAUGACAAACGUCUGCCUCGCCACCACACGCUUCCUGUAUCUGUGAAAAACGUUUAAAAAAAAAGAACCGGAGUGAAAAAAAUCGGUGGACGAAGAUUUGUCAGUUGGAGUGAACGAGCAUUGGUCACUUUACAUUGAUGAUUUCCUUUAUUAUUUCUUUCUUCGUGAGGAAUGAUUCUGACGCUAUUUGACGAUACAGAGAGCAUUUACGCUUUGUUCUGAUUGGUUGUGUGUUGUUAGAAACAGGAAGUGGGUUGCUGUGACUAAUGCCAUGAUGACACAAAGAUUGUUCCAUGUUUUUGUUUUUCUUUCUUUUUGUACAUUUGAAAGUGUUUUUUUCUUCUUUUUCUAUUGAAUUAUUUUAACACGCAGGGCGGCUUUGUGGACGCAUGUCACCGUCAACGUGUCAGAUAUUUUAAGUGCUGCAUGCAUGAUGUCAUGAUGAUGAUGUCAUAUUCUUAUUUAACUAAAUUUAAUUAAAUAGACAUAACUUCACUUACAGGUACAGGUUCAAGGAUCAGAGGCACGACUCUGGAUUUGAAACCAUAACUUUUUGAAGUAAGACGGAGGUCAAAGGUCAGACUGAGAUCAGACGUCAUUGACGGUGACUCACCUGUCCCAAGCCGCCCUGCUGUUGUACAUACUGAACCACUGAAUAACAAUAUCAAUAUUGUUGUUUUCAUAUAUGGAUGCAGGUGAUGUAACAGACGAAUGGUGAUGUGAAUGAUUAACAUGAGUUACAAUAAAGAGCAUUUCUAUUUGCUUUGA